AUGGAUGCAUGGGAAGAUCCUAACAAUAAUGGCAAUGAUGAAAUUAGAGCAUCAAAAGCCUAUAAAGGAUCUGAUCUUUAUCAGCGAAAUUUUACAGAAAGAAUCGAUGAUACUAUGACAAUGGUACCAGAUGCUAAUGCAUAUACUGAAGAUAGUGCUCAAUUAGAAACAAUUCCUCAAGAAUACUUGGAAGAAUUAAGAUUUAAAUUAUCAAGAAUAAAUUAUUGCAUGAAUAGUGCAGAAAUAGCAGAUAUUCUUCAAAUACUUGAACAAAUAGAUUCAAAAUUCUUAUCAGAAUCUGAUAUCAGAAACAUUGUUCAAUGCUUACCAAAUAUUACAGCGCUAGCACCACAUCAAAAUAUAUUUGAAUUGUUAAACCGGAUAUCUAGUGACCCAGAGAAAGCUCUUAUCUUAUCAGAACUUGAUUACGUUCAGCAAAUUAACUUUUCACAAUUUCCAGAUAUUUCUGACGAAUAUAAGAUUCUAGUUUCUCAAACAGUACUAUAUAUGCUUCGAUGCAACCCAGAUAAUGCAGAAAUUUUUUAUCAAUCAUUUUUCCCAGUUUUUAUUCCUUAUUUUACAGGUCCAAGUCUUUACAAGAGUCCUAGUUUAGCUAUGCAUCUUAAUGUUGCUGAAGCUUUUAUUCCAAUGGUCCACAAAAACGAAUCCGAAAUUUUAUUAAAUAUUUUUAGAACAUUUUUCACAUUCGCCUAUAGAACAACAUCGGAAUGUUUGUUAGCCGAUCUCCAUGGCAUUUGUACAUGCAUUUACACUGUUCCUGACUUUUUGCAAGAAAUCAAAGAUGAACAGUUCUUAAACCAAUUAAAAUACCUUGCUACACGUCGUUGUGUUACAGAUGAUAGGGAUUCACGUGAAGUUCGACAAUAUGCACUUGUUGUUUUCGAAUAUAUUGCUUCAUUUACUAAUGUAAAAUGUCAUGAAUCCGCUUAUAGAGUUAUUGGUGAAUUAUUGAUGGAAAACUUAGAUCAAAGUCAAUCGGAAGUGUGUUCUGAAGCUAUAUUUUUAUUGGGAUUUGCUGUUGCCAAUCAGUAUUUCUUGACAACAGUUGAUUACUUCCCAAUAAUACAGAGGUUCUUCGAUCUAUUCGAGAAUUUGUCUGUUUCAGAUCAAAAAGAAUGGAUUCAAUCAUUUGCAAACAUUUUGUAUUUUGUUCCUCCAAUGAAUUUGGAAGAUUUGGUAACAAAGGAUCAGUUCUUUGAAUUAUUAGAUGAUUGUUUGACUUAUGAUGAGAGUUCGGUUCAAGAAAGAUUCAUCACCGCUCUUCACAGGAUUUUGCUUUCUUCUAACACACUUGCUCAUGCUAUUCUUGAACAUCCAGAAAUUAUUGAUGAUCUUAAUGAUCUUGCUUCAAUGGAUUCUAGUGUUAUUAGAACAAGAAUAGAAGCAAUUAUGAAUAUUAUUAAAAAGGCAGAACAAGAAUAA